AUGGCCUCCUUCAACGUGGUUUUCAACGAUCAGCAGAUCGAUGUCCUCGGCCGAUUCUUCACCUCCGGAUCGCGACAGGAAGCUCUCGCCGAGCUUGUCCAGCGGGCUUUGGCGGAGGCCAAAGCUGGCGAACAGAGAACGCCGGCACGCCGGUCCCCGCCGCCAAAACCGACGGAGCGCCCAGUCGUCGCGGAGUACCUCAUCCAGCCUGGCACUGGCAAGGCCAUCGAGGUUCGUGCUGGGCAGGUAUUACGCAUUGAGCAGGUCGAGGGCGGACAAUGUGGCGACCUCAACCUCUUCAGCCUCGAUGACCGCAACGAGGCCAUGCACGUUGGGCGCACUCGCGCAAUGGAGGCCGGCAACAGCCCCAAGGCGGGUGACAUUGUCUGGUCCAAAGCCCCUUGGGAACGGCCCCUAGCCGUCCUGCGGGCAAGCACCACCCAGACGGAUCUAUAUUUCCCCUACUGCAGUGCUCUACUUUACCGAAAGUACUUCAGCACGAGCACACACACAAAUUGCCAGCAGAUUCAGCAUGAGGCCCAGCGGGAAUACGGGCUAGCACCAUACAACAUACAUGAGUCUUGGAACCUCUUCAUGUACGUCGACAUGGACCCCAAGGGCGGACGCAGCAUUGAGCGUAACCCUGCCCAUCCCGAGGAUUACAUUGAAUUCUACGCGUUGCGCGACAUCCUCGCGAUCCCAAACGUUUGCGGUGACGACCUCGGCAAGUCCAGCAAUUACUCUCUGUCUCCCUUGAAGGCUGUUGUCCUCACAGGCGUUUCGGACGAUGCCAACCACGCGAACGAUGCACUCGGAAGGGUAAACGCCUCUUCCGCGGCUAAUCAUCCAUACAACUUCCCAGCGGAGCCACCUGUGCGCGACGAUAGCUACGUCCCCAACUUCCCCUUUUUGCCGAUCUCCCAGACUGUUGUUGCUGUGGAACUCGACUCGGAACAAAUCGACAAGCUCGAGUCAGUCUGGAACAAAGAGCUCUACCCAAACAGCCCAGCUGCUGCCCUGCGCGACGUGGUCAUGACCUGGUUGUGUAAGCAAGUUGGCGAUUGGUGA